ACGGAAAGUUAAUUUUCUAGAUAAUUACUUUUAAAAAUAAAGAAUUUUCAUUUAUAGAUUUUUUAUUUCCCGUGAUCAUUAAUGAAAUACCGAUUAAUAUAUUUUACUUAACAUUAUUCGAUUCACUUAAAUUACGUAUCAUCCACCAAAAAUAAUCUUAAAAACUUUAGCAGUCAACUGGAGUACCGAAAUAUUUAUUUAUUAAAUGAUGUUAAAAUCUAUAUUUAAAGUUACAUCUGGAGGGAUGUUGUUGUUUGUUGGUUCUAACUUGCUGUCUUUAAAUGAAACAUUUUAUAAAAAGUAUAUUAUUCCAACAAUUUUCUUGCUGGAACCAGAAAAUGCACAUAAUUUUGUAAUUUUUACUGGAAAGUAUGGACUGAUUCCAAAAUCAUUCUAUCAAGAUCCUACAUCAUUGAAAACAACUUUAUGGAAUAUAAAUUUUAAGAACCCCAUUGGAUUAGCUGCAGGAUUAGAUAAACAAGGCGAGGCAAUUAAAUCUAUGCACAAUGUUGGAUUUGGAUUUGUAGAAAUCGGAUCAGUUACUCCUUUUCCUCAACCUGGAAAUGAGCUUCCUAGAGUAUUUAGAAUAAUUAAUAAAGAUGCUGUUAUCAAUAGGUAUGGAUUUAAUAGUGAUGGUCAUGAUGCUGUUUAUGAAAGAAUUGUAAAACAAAAAAAAGAUGAUUUUGUAAUUGGUGUAAAUUUGGGGAAAAAUAAAAACUCUGAAGAUGCCAAAACUGAUUAUGUUAAGGGUAUUGAAAAAUUUUCAUCAGUUGCUGAUUAUUUUGUUAUUAAUAUUUCUAGCCCCAAUACUCCAGGACUACGAAAUCUACAAAAAAAAGAUGAUUUGAAAAAUCUCUUAUCAAGUGUGAUUGAAGCUAGAAAUAAAAAUUGUAAAAAACAUAAAUUAACGCCUUUGCUCCUGAAAAUUUCCCCGGAUUUAUCAGAUCAAGACAAAAAAGAUAUUGCUGGUGUUAUUCUUGAUGAAAAGUGCCGUGUAGAUGGUUUGAUAAUUUCAAACACUACUGUUGAAAGAGAUGGUGUUUGUGAUUGUCCUAAUGGAUUAGAACCAGGAGGCUUAAGUGGAAGACCUUUAAAAGAUAAAUCAACCAAAUUGAUCUCAGAUUUCUAUAAACUAACUAAUGGUAAAAUCCCUAUAAUAGGCGUUGGUGGAAUAUUUAAUGGUCAAGAUGCUUAUGAAAAAGUUAGGGCUGGUGCUUCACUUUUGCAAAUAUAUACAUCAUUUAUUUAUAAUGGUCCACCAAUUAUAACAAAAAUAAAAAAAGAGUUAGAAACCCUUUUAAGGGAGAACAACUAUAAGUCAAUAUCUGAAGCUGUCGGCGUUGAUUCAAAAUAAAUUUUUGGUAUACAAUAUCAAAACGUUAAUUUUAAAUAUUGUUUGAGUUAUUAAUUUUUUAAUUAUUAUAGUUGUUAUUUUUUGACAAAAAUUAAUAAAAAUUGUUAUUAGUUAAUAA